AAAUAUUGGAGAAGAAUGGGCCCGCUGGGGCGCCGAGGGUGGGGGGGUGUCCAUCGUGAGCCCCGCCUCAAGCUUGGGUGCCCGCGCGAAGUGACGCAGCGCGGUUUGGCCGCUGUGGGGCGCCGUAGCCCGCGCCGUUGCCAGGGGAACGGGCCCGGCGCCGAACGAGGCCGAGCCCGUCUCGUUCUGGCCGGGCAGUACAGCCAACUUGCUGAGCCGGAGGCCGAGGACCUCCCGGCCCAACGUCUGACUCGCCGCCCGAGAUGGGGCCCCACUCCGGGGCGUGCCGCCACCCAGCCCCGCAGACGGUCUCCGGAGCUAGGGUCUAAAGCGCGGCCGCGCUGGGUGGACGGCCGGGCGCCGGGGCUGAACCUUUGGGUGACCUUGGCAGGGCCGAUCAGGCUCGGCCGCCACCUCGCGCAGAUGAACAUCUGCAACAAGCCCUCCAACAAGACAGCCCCCGAGAAGAAUGUGUGGACAGCGCCUGCGCAGGCCAGCAGACCCUCCCCGGAGCUGCAGGGCCAGCGGUCCCGGCGGAAUGGGUGGAGCUGGCCCCCUCACCCGCUCCAGAUUGUGGCCUGGCUGCUGUACCUCUUCUUCGCUGUGAUCGGCUUUGGGGUCCUUGUUCCCCUCCUGCCUCACCAUUGGGUGCCUGCUGGCUAUGCUUGCAUGGGUGCCAUAUUUGCCGGCCACCUAGUGGUGCACCUGACUGCUGUCUCCAUCGAUCCGGCAGACGCCAGCGUGCGGGACAAGAGCUAUGCAGGGCCCCUGCCCAUCUUCAGCCGCAGCCAACACGCACAUGUCAUUGAAGACCUGCACUGCAACUUGUGCAAUGUGGAUGUGAGUGCUCGCUCCAAGCACUGCAGCGCGUGCAACAAGUGCGUGUGCGGUUUCGACCACCACUGCAAGUGGCUGAACAACUGCGUGGGCGAGAGGAACUACAGGCUCUUUCUACACAGUGUGGCAUCUGCCUUACUGGGUGUCCUGCUCCUCGUGCUUGUGGCCACUUAUGUCUUUGUGGAGUUCUUUGUUAACCCCAUGCAGCUGCGCACCAACCACCACUUUGAAGGUCAGUCUGGACUCCAGGCCCACUCCCACCCCCUUCUCUGGGCCUGUUCUGGUCACUGGUCUCAGCCCCAGCUGAGCACAAUCUGCCUGUGCCUUGCAGUCCUGAGGAAUCACACAGAUGUGUGGUUUGUGUUCCUGCCUGCUGCCCCUGUGGAGACCCAGGCUCCUGCCAUCCUGGCCCUGGCUGCCCUACUUAUCCUUCUGGGUCUGCUCUCCACAGCCCUGCUUGGCCACCUGCUCUGUUUCCACAUUUAUCUCAUGUGGCACAAGCUUACCACCUACGAGUACAUUGUGCAGCAUCGCCUGCCACAGGAGGCAAAGGGGACCCACAGGGAGCUCAAGUUAUGUCCCCCCAAGAUGCGACCCAUUCAGGAGAUGGAGUUCCACAUGCGAACCUUCAGCCAUGUGCGCCAAGAGCCCCCUGGCCAAGCCAGGCCUGUCGCAGUGACUGCCAAUCCCUCCCGGUUCCCUGCCACCAGCAGCCAAGCAGAGCCUCCACAGCCCUCCUCCGAAGAGUCUCUCUCUCUGCCCUCUCGGAUCAGACCCCAGAAAAAGAGGAAGCGGCGCGUGUAUAAAGUGCCGACCUUUGGGAUCUUGGACCGCGAGCCCUCACUACCAAAGCUGCCCGGGCCCCGAGCUCCGGGCCCCUGCUCCAGCUCUUCGUCAGAUUCCGCUGGCGCCAGCCCGGUACACGCCGCUGGGCCCGCAGGCGCCUACCAUUCGGCGUCAGCCGAGUCCAUGGACGAGAUUCCAGUGGCGCAGACCCGCCUAGGUAGCGCCGCUCCGGUCAUUCCCGGGGACGAAGGCCGAGAGCCCGGGCUGACGCUGCACCGGAGUGCGCCCACCGUCUUCGUAAGCCUGAGCAGCGGCAAGCCCGGGGCGCGGGGCGGCCUGGAGGUCGGCCUGGGUUAGCCGGGCGGAGAGACAGGUAGGCUGAGGUGGAGCGGCCGGCCCGACUCUAUGCAACAAACCCACCCUUGCCGCAGCGAGUGCACUUUAGGGAACCCAACGGCUGGCGGGAUCGGCCCCCUUCCCCCACCCCCGAUUCAGCAAUACCAGCCCCACCAGCCGUGAUCCUCCAAUAAACUUUUUGUAUGCUUUUGCGGA